CACGUUCGGCUCGCGCUUUGGACGACUCCCAAUUUAUUUUUGAAGAAUGUUUUUAUUAAAUUAUUAUUGUUAAAAUAUGUAAUUCUUUGUGUUUAUUUUAGGAAAUCUAACAAACCAGAAUCUUAUCACAGGACCAGGACGAAGCGUCGCGUCCCAUUGCAAUCAGAGACGCCAUCUGUUGUUCCGGUUACCGCCAGUGCAUUGCCCGUCACGCCGUCGGCCAAACCUAAAUCGCCGUCCAAGGUGGCCUGGAGCCCUUACGACUUUGAGCCGGUAGCACACGUGCCAUCCGCACACAAGAAACACCACCAUCAUCAUCGGGAACAACAAAAGGUCUACGGCAAUACGCCGUUGGUCACUGUCGAGGAACAAGUGGCAAAGUGGCUGAACCAACAUUCUUCGGCCACCGCCAAAGAGGCGGCCACAUCAGCUCAAGAACAAGAUAACACCAAAAACAAUCACCAGCGGUACAAACGCGCCAAAUUAGCAUCAAAAAAAAUUCAUCAUCACAUACAUGAGCACCACCACUAUCACCAUUAUGACUAUUACAUUGUAUAGACACCGAUGUAUUAUUAUUUUUUUAAUUAAUUUUAUUAAUUUAUUAUUGUCGCAUUAUUUGACCACGGUGAUGUCGUUAUGCAAUUUUAACUGGACAAGACAUGCUCUAUUUAUUUAAUUUAUUUUCAUUAUAAUUUUACCAACAGUAAUCCAAUUAUUUGUACGGAUUUUCCUUUCCUUUUUAUCCUUCCGGUCUUGUCCAGUUAAAAAGACAAACAACACACCGUCUGUAAUUUAUUUUUAAAUGCAUUUAUCUGUAUGCCUACAUUAGGAUUACAAUGGUUGACUAAAGUUAGAAUUAUGUAAUAAAAUUUAGUAUGUUUAGUAAAAUUGAAACGAUGAA